AUGGAACCAAUAAUUGCCCCUUCUAUCUUAGCCGCCGACUUCUCCCGCCUGGGCGAAGAAGUCAGUAACGUCCUGCACGCUGGUGCGGACAUGAUCCACUUUGAUGUGAUGGAUAACCAUUACGUCCCGAACCUGAGUGUCGGGCCACUUGUCCUUCAAUCAUUACGUAAAGCGGGCAUUAAUGACCCGGUUGAUGUCCACCUGAUGGUUAAACCCGUGGAUCGUCUUGUUGAAGAAUUUCUGGACUCUCAACCCGCCUAUAUCUCUGUACAUCCGGAGUCUACCGAGCACCUGCACCGCACCCUGGCAAUGAUACGCGCAGGCAAAGCCAAAGCAGGUCUUGUUCUGAACCCGGCUACUCCACUGGAAGUGUUAGACGAAGUUCUCGACUGUAUAGACCUGGUACUGAUCAUGUCGGUGAAUCCGGGUUUUGGCGGGCAGAGCUUCAUCCCAUCUUCUCUAACCAAGCUUGCACGAGUGAAAAGUAUCAUCGACAAGGCAGAUCACGAGAUUCGACUGCAGAUUGACGGCGGCAUCAAACCCAGCAACAUCGGCGCGGCGGCAGCCGCCGGCGCAGACACGUUUGUUGCGGGCUAUGAAGGUUAUCUGUUCGAUCUGGACGGCACUCUGGUUGACACUGCUCCGGACAUCAAUGCAGCGCUUAACGUCAGCCUGCACAACGCCGGCCUUGAUAGUGUGGAUAUCAGCCUUACAAGACACUGGGUAGGCCACGGCUCCCGCACGCUGAUUAGUCAGGCACUGGCUUAUCUGGCGCAACCCGAGCACGACAUAGAACCAUUGUUGGAAGAUUUUCUACACCACUACCGCCACAACCUGGCAACCCAUAGCCAGAUUUACCCCGGUGUUGAGCAAACCCUUAAACAACUGAAAACCAGCGGUACCAAGCUUGCUGUAGUGACUAAUAAACUGGCCGAACUGAGCGAGCCUCUGUUGGCGGAUAUUGGCCUGGCCACGUAUUUUGAUCUGAUUGUCAGUGGUGACACAGCCAAUGCGCCCAAGCCCGACCCGGCGCCAGUGCGACUUUGUUUACAGGCGUUUGGCUUAACCGCCAGACAAACUCUGUUUGUGGGAGAUUCUGAUACCGACGUCAACGCUGCGCUCGCGGCCGGCGUAGACGUCGUCUGCGUGCGAGAUGGCUACAACCACGGUGUGGACGUUACUACCCUGGGUGCAACAGGUGUUAUCGACAGCUUUUUGGAAUUGUUAGACUGA